GACGAGUAGUGUCAUUGUCAGUUUUCCGCGGUUCAUCACGAAGCUCACCUCAGAAAAUUGCACAGAGUUGGUGAAAUUCAAUUAAUUCUCGUGGUCCCCAAAGUGUCUCCAUUCACCCAAAAUUAAUCCCAAGUGAUAGUUAAGUGGUCCAGUGGUAAAACACCGUUAAAAUUUCUAUAAUCCGUGUAUGGUAAAUGGUUGAAAAUUGAUGGCAAAGAAAAUGCCACAUUUGUGAUCAUCUCCCUAAACGCCAUUUUGUCGGAUAUUGCAAGCAGUUGGAAAAGCGAACGUACACUUUUCAUCCCAAUUUUUUCCUCAUUUUCUGCACGUUUUCCCAUCUGUGAGCACGCCAAGUGUUAGUGACAAUUAGUGGUUAGAAUUUGGAAGAUUUUCCAACAAUCCCAAGAUGGCUCAGCCAGUGAAUUUGCUCAUUCAGGACUCCAAUGGUCAGAAGCAGGUGAUCAAGGUGAUGCCAAAUGCCAACGGCAGGCCCCUCACGGCGGACGGUGUUAAGGCAAUUGUAAAGGAAGUGACUGGUCAUGAGGCUACCAGAGUCCUCACACCUACACAAUCAUCUUCCAGUCGUAUUGGACAGAAGUUCACGGUGCCACAGAAUUCCAAAUUGAUGUCCAUUCCACAGUCAAAGGCAGACGUUAAGCAACCCAUGCGCAUUCUUAACUUUAUGCAAUCGCCUGGGCAGAUGUCUGGGUCUGGUACAGCCAUGGCACCGAGUCCCACACUCACAAUGACCGGCAAAGCCACUCACACGGUCACCACAGUACCUGUGAGUUCGGCUUCGUUCUCGGCACGCGGUGGUGGAACCCCCGUGUCCACGGGUGGCGUUCAAUCGCGUCGUCGUAAGUCAGAUAAAUUGGGAAAGGGUCUGCGUCACUUUUCCAUGAAAGUGUGCGAAAAGGUGAAAGAGAAGAUGAUAACGACGUACAAUGAGGUGGCAGAUGAACUGGUGGCAGAGGAAUUGAAUAGCAACCGGAGUGAACCAUUGGAUCCGACUUGCUGUGACCAGAAGAAUAUCCGACGACGUGUUUAUGAUGCACUAAAUGUGCUUAUGGCCAUGAAUAUCAUCUCCAAGGAGAAAAAAGAAAUUCGCUGGAUUGGCUUGCCAUCAAAUUCCACAGCACGAUGCACAAAUCUCGAAUUUGAGAAUCAGCAGCGUCGUAAGCGUAUCGAGUCCAAAGCUCAAGUACUCAAAGAACUUAUUCUCCUGCAAGUCUCAUUUAAGAGCCUCGUGGCGCGAAAUAAGGAGGCAGAACAGCGAGGAUUGAUUCCCACGCCAAAUUCUGCCAUACAAUUGCCUUUUGUAGUUGUAAAUACGCACAAAGAGACUCACAUCAAUUGCAGCAUAUCUCACGACAAGACGGAAUAUUACUUCAAAUUUGAUGACAAAUUUGAAAUUCACGAUCACGUGAAGGUUCUGAAGCAGAUGGGACUUCUGCUGGGUCUGGACAAAGGUGAAAGCACAUAUGAGGACAUUGAGAAACUUAAAACGAUGGUUCCACAGCAAUUCUGGAAGUAUAUUGAAUCCUAUGGACGGGGCUCUGAAGAGAGUCUAUCGGAUGAUUGGGACAUGAGUGGACGCCACAGCUCGUACUUCUCACCCAAGCACGAGAUCGAAGACAGCGGGGAUUUGGAGGAGGAUGAUGAAAUGUCCGAGCAAAGCGAUGGAAAUUAAUUAAAAAAAAAAUAUCUUUUCAGUUUAUUUUUACAAUUAUAAUUUUGCCUCUUAAUUCGCGAAGCACCACAAAGGAAGGAGUUUCAGUGAGACUUCUUGUGAAAUCUUUGAAAAAUAUAUACAAAAAAAAAGUUAGUGAAACAGAGAUUCUCUGUUUGCAAAUUAUAGAUUGUAGGAAUAUUUUAAUUGUAAUGGCGCGUUUUCCCAUCAUCAAAAAAAGGGAGAACAUUAUUAAAAAAAAGUGUAAUCUUUAUUUUGUAGGAAUUUUGUUUGAAAAUUCAUUUCAGUUCGACUUUUGUUCCUCAUGGAAGGAGUUUUUUUUUUGUUUUUGGAUCAGAGAAAAGUUCUCCGAGAUUGUUUUCUGAGUAUAAACUUUAAGAAAUGGUCAAUUUGCCAUGAAAUUAAAAAAACAUAAUAAAUUUAAAUUUGAAAGAUUAGAUGGAGAAAAAAAGAGGUAAGAGAAAAUUAUGGAUAACUUAGUGAACGAAUUGAUGUUGACAGGCAGAAAAGAUACAAAAAAAAACACGUAAGACAAGAUGUUAAGGAAAUAUUAAAAGUAGUCAGUACCUUAUAAACUCUAAAAUAUUUUUACUAAUAAGACAAAACAACAAAAGAAUUGUGAAGGAAGUAGAUUUUUGAAAGGCAAACGAGCACUUUGAGGAUAAAUUUUAACACAAAAUUAAAAGAAAACAAGAAAUUGUUAAAUGUAAAUUAUUCUUCACAAUUUGUGCGAAGAGUACAAUAAUUUUCCUUUUGAUUUUGCAGAGAAAAAAAAUAAAAUCUCUCCUGCAUGUCUCCCCUGCGGGGAAAUUUUCCCGCCAUUUUUUCAAUUUUUGAGAUUUUGUGCCAGGGACAAGAGCGAAAUAUUUUCUCAGAACUCAAGAAUCAAGAAUGAAAGAUUUUUUGUACCUUUUAAGAUAUAUUAAAUUUUAAUGUGGAACCGUA